AUGAGUGACAAUAACACCACUUCUACCGCCACAGCACUGGUAGAUAGACACUCUAAUAAUAGAAGAAAACGUCUAAGUGCUGGUUUGACCGUUACUUCUAAAGUAUUUAUCAGAUCCCGUAAUGGGGAACCAAUGAAAAUAGUUAGAGAACAUUAUUUAAGAAAUGAUCUCCCAUGCAAUUCCCAAAAAUGCGACAAGAAUUGUAAAGAUUUAUAUGCCAUUAAUAAUAGUUCUCCAAUUUUAAGCAGUGAACCAGAUAAAUUAUUAAAUGGCGCUCCUCACUAUGUUAUUUUAGAUGCUAAUAUAAUAUUACACGCUAUUGAUUUGCUUGAAAAUCCUAUAUGCUUUCAUGAUGUCAUUAUUCCACAGACUGCCUUGGAAGAAGUUAGAAAUAGAUCAUAUCCAGUAUACACAAGAUUAAGAUCACUAGUUGGUAACGAUGGUAGUAGUACAACAGAAGAUGAAUCCAAGAGAUUGAUUGUUUAUCAUAACGAGUUUAGUGAAAUUACCUAUGUAGAAAGAUUAGAUACUGAUAGAGAAAGUAUUAACGAUAGAAAUGAUAGGGCCAUAAGGAAGCUUUGCUCUUAUUAUGCAAAGCAUUUGGAAACUACAGGCAUUAAAAUCGUAUUUGUUACUAAUGAUAAAGACAACAAAUUAAAAGCCAUAAAAAAUGAUGGUAUCCAAGCCGUUACUUUGGCUGAGUAUAUUGAAUUGUUGCCCAAUGCUGAUGAAAUCAGAGACUUGGUUCCACAAUUGGAAUCACCUGCAGCUAACACAUCCAAAGAUGAUAUUAUCCAAGAAGAAUUUACUUAUCCUGAAUAUUAUUCCACUUCGCGUAUCUUGGGUGGUUUGCAAAAUGGGACUUUGUACAGGGGGAAUAUUCAAAUAUCAGAAUUUAAUUUUUUGGAAGGCUCCAUAUCUUUGCCAAAUUUUAAAAAGCCCGUUUUAAUAGUUGGUGCCAAAAAUUUAAACAGAAGUUUUAACAGUGACCAAGUUGUGGUAGAACUAUUGCCCAAAUCUCAAUGGAAAGCACCAUCUUCGAUGGCCUUGGAUUCAGAACACUUUGACGUUGGCGACAAUCCAGAUUUAGAUGACGUUGGUGGGAAUGAAAAUGAUGAAGAAAUGAUUAUCACUGAUAAGGAAAGGAGAUUGCUGGUUCAAGACGCUAUUCAACAGCAAAAUAGCAAUAAGUUGUUUCCUACGGCAAGAGUUGUUUCGAUAACAAGACGUUCUUGGAGGCAAUAUGUUGGUCAACUUGUUCCUAGCUCUGUUGAUAAGCAAAAUCCAAAUGGUGUCCAAAAUUGUUUUGUUCUCUUGAUGGAUACUUCUUUGCCUAAAAUUAGAAUCAAAACAAGGCGUGCUCUGCAGCUAUUAAACAAAAGAAUUGUUGUUGGUGUUGAUUCAUGGCCUUCUAAUUACAAGUAUCCAUUGGGUCAUUUUAUCAGAGAGUUAGGGGAAGUGGAAAGUGCACAAGCUGAAACUGAAGCCUUGUUGUUGGAGCAUGAUGUUGAAUAUAGACCAUUUUCCAAAAAAGUUUUGGACUGUUUGCCCCCAGAAGGACACGAUUGGAAAGCGCCAGUAAAUCUCCAGGAUCCAGAAGCUUUAAGAAAAGAUCCACUAUUAAGCAAAAGGGUGGAUUUAAGGGACAAAUUGAUCUGCAGUAUAGAUCCACCUGGUUGUGUUGAUAUCGAUGAUGCUUUGCAUGCCAAACAAUUGAAUAAUGGUAACUGGGAAGUUGGUGUCCACAUUGCAGAUGUUACUCAUUUUGUAAAACCAAACACUGCUUUAGAUAUGGAGGGUGCUAGUAGGGGUACAUCUGUAUAUUUGGUGGAUAAGCGUAUUGAUAUGUUACCAAUGCUAUUAGGUACCGAUUUAUGUUCCCUAAAACCAUAUGUCGAUAGAUUUGCAUUUUCUGUUAUUUGGGAACUAGACCAAGAAACCGCUGACAUUGUCGAUGUUAAAUUUAUGAAGAGUGUUAUAAAAUCUAGAGAAGCAUUUUCUUACGAAAACGCCCAGUUAAGAAUUGACGAUCCUCAGCAACAGGAUGAUUUGACCUUGGGGAUGAGGGCAUUGCUAAAAUUAUCUAAAAAAUUGAAAAAGAAAAGAUUAGAUGCAGGUGCUUUGAACUUGGCUUCCCCUGAGGUUAAAGUUCAUAUGGAUAGCGAAACUUCUGACCCCAAUGAGGUGGAAAUUAAAAAAAUGUUAGACACAAAUUCAUUGGUGGAAGAAUUUAUGUUGUUAGCAAACAUAUCUGUGGCAAGAAAGAUUUAUGAAGCGUUCCCACAAACUGCAAUGUUAAGAAGACAUGCUGCGCCACCAUCUACUAAUUUUGAGCUUCUAAAUGAAAUGUUACAAAUUAGGAAAAAAAUGUCUAUUUCCUUGGAAUCUUCUAAAGCAUUAGCCGAUUCCUUAGAUCGUUGUGUUGAUCAAAAUGACCCAUAUUUCAACACUUUGGUCCGUAUUAUGUCCACCAGAUGUAUGAUGGCUGCUCAGUACUUUCCAUCCGGUCAAUAUUCUUACGAUGACUUUCGUCAUUAUGGUUUGGCCGUGGAUAUCUAUACACAUUUCACUUCGCCUAUUAGACGUUAUUGUGAUGUCGUGGCUCACAGACAGUUGGCUGGUGCCAUUGGAUAUGAACCUUUAGACUUGACACACAGAGAUAAACGUAAAAUGGAGAUAAUUUGUAAAAAUAUUAAUAAGAAGCAUAGAAAUGCACAAUUUGCCGGAAGAGCAAGUAUUGAAUAUUAUGUUGGUCAAAUUAUGCGUGAUAAUCACAGCAUUGAAACGGGAUAUGUUAUAAAAGUAUUGAAUAAUGGUAUUGUUGUUAUUGUUCCUAAAUUUGGUGUUGAAGGUUUAAUAAGAUUAGAAAAUUUAACAGAUGACCUAUCCACCUCUGAGUUUGUUGAGGAUCAAUACAAAUUAAGCUUUAAAAAUAAAAAUAGUGGUGAAAUGAGAGACGUUUAUGUUUUUGAUAAACUUGAAGUUGAAGUUAAAUCCAUUUUAGAUCCAAUUACUAAUAAACGUAAAGCACAAUUAUUAUUAAGGUAA